AAAUUCAAGACCGCUACGAAGUAAUUAUUAUGAUUGCAGACUUACACGCUCUCACCUUACCCCAAAAGGGAAUUGACUACCAGAAAAAUAGCCAAGAAAUUGCUGCCCUUUUAUAUGCCUGCGGACUAAAAGAGGAAAAUUGCAAAAUAUUCAUUCAAUCCCAAAUUAAGGAGCAUUUAGAACUUUCUUUUUUGUUAUCCCCUCAUGUUACGGUCGGGAUAUUGUCUAACAUGAUUCAGUAUAAAGAAAAAAAGAGAAGCCAAGAAACUGGUAACUUGUCUUUGCUGGCUUAUCCAGUUUUAAUGGCCGCUGAUAUCUUUCUUUACGACGUAGAUUUGGUUAUUGUUGGGCAGGACCAAACGCAGCACCUCGAAUUAACCACCAAUAUCGCCCAAAAAUUCAACAACUUUUAUGGAAAAAAACUAUUAAAAGUUCCACACUUCACUAUCCCUAGUUUGGGAGCCAAAAUAAUGGGAUUAAAUCACCCCAACCGGAAAAUGUCCAAAAGCGAAAACGAUUACCUUGCUUUGCGGGACGAGCCGCAAACGAUUAAAAAAAAAAUAGCGAAAGCGGUUACUGAUUCCGAAAAUAAAAUCUAUUUCGACCCACAAAAAAAACCCGGUAUCUCCAAUUUACUAACCAUUUAUGCUUUACUAACUGGUUGUCAAAUAACCGAAGCCGAAGAAAAAUUAACCG